UUAACUUACACAACCUACGAAGAAAAGUUUCUUCACGCAUUUUAAUCUCACCUUGUCAUCCUCCAUAAGUGAUGACGAGUCCUUUAGGGACGAGAAAAGCUUAAAGUCUUCCUGAUGCGGACAACGAGUGGGUUGACGUCGUUUGAAUAUUACCGAUUUGGUUAAAAAAAACUCGAACAAACGCCUGGGAUUCUAAUUUGGCAGUCUUGUUUUCCGAUGCAAACGUCUCAGAAGCACCAGACAGCGUCUGGACUCCAUAUGUUGUAUCCUCAACUCUAUUGUUCACCUCAGUUCCAAGUUGUAGACAAGAAUGCGCUUUCCAACAACCCGCCCGAAGAACACUUCUUCACUCUUGAGUCAUCCACUGCCUCUGGUAGUCUUCCUGCUUAUGAUUCUCCCUCGGUCAGCGUCUCGUCUAACCACAGCCCGUUCUCUCCACAAGCUUCUCAUUCCUGUCUCUCAGAUCCACGUCAGUCCCCUGACAAUGUUUAUGGGUCACCUUUCAGUGGGUCAUCUUCUUACACCUGUGAUGAAGCUGAGUUCAAGAACAAGAUUCGUGAACUUGAGUUCUCACUCAUGAGCUGUGAUUCAAAAUCUGUUGAAUUCUCGGGUUUCAUCCCUGGAGCUACAAAAUCAUGGAACUGGAAUGAACUCUUGGCGUUGACCCCACAGUUGGACUUGAAAGAAGUGCUGAUUGAGGGUGCUCGGGCGGUCUCUGAAGGGGAUACUGCUACAGCAUUCGGAUGCAUUGAUGUUUUGGAACAGAUGGUUUCAGUUUCAGGCGAUCCGAUCCAACGAUUAGGCGCUUACAUGCUUGAAGGGCUGAGGGCGAGGCUUGAAGGCUCCGGAAGCAACAUAUACAAAGCGUUGAAAUGCAAAGAACCAACAGGAAGAGAACUGAUGUCUUACAUGGGCGUUCUCUAUGAAAUCUGCCCGUACUGGAAAUUUGCAUACAUAUCUUCCAACGCCGCAAUCUUGGAAGCUAUGGUUGACGAACCUAGGAUCCACAUUGUUGAUUUCCAGAUUGCACAGGGGACACAGUAUGUUUAUCUCAUCCAGCAACUGGCGAAACGUCCAGGUGGACCACCAUUGCUGCGUUUGACUGGUCUUGACGAUUCACAGUCCAACUACGCCCGGGGUGGUGGGCUCAGCUUGGUGGGCGAGAAGCUGUCAAGAUUUGCGCAGUCAUGUGGUGUGCCGUUUGAGUUUCAGGACGGGAUGAUGUCUGGUUGCGAGGUUCAACGUGAACAUCUCGGGGUCAAACCCGGGUUUGCCAUUGCUGUGAAUUUCCCGUACGUGUUGCACCAUAUGCCGGAUGAAAGUGUGAGCGUUCACAAUCACAGGGACAGACUAUUACAACUGGUGAGGAGCCUCUCCCCGAAACUGGUAACACUGAUAGAACAAGAGUCGAAUACAAACACUUCGCCGUUUCUGUCGAGAUUUAUGGAGACGCUAGAUUACUACACAGCGAUGUUCGAGUCGAUAGAUGCAGGGAGACGGAGGGAAGAUGAAGAGAGAAUAAGAGCGGAGCAACACUGUGUGGCGAGAGAUAUAGUGAAUAUGAUAGGGUGUGAGGAGGGAGAGAGAGUGGAGAGACAUGAGCUGCUUGGGAAAUGGAGAAUGAGAAUGAUGAUGGCUGGGUUUAUGCCGUGUGAGCUCAGUACGUCGGUUGUGUGGGAGGUGAAUCAACUGUUGAAAGGGUUUGAUCCUAAUUACAGACUUGCUGGAAGCGACGGAGCGCUCUUUCUCUUGUGGAAGCGGAGAGCAAUGUCCACAUGUUCUGCUUGGACCUCCCCUUAAAAACCCAUUCGUUUCCAUGUAAAUGUGACAGCUUUGUUGUAGUCCUAUAGUCUGGUAAGAGUGCUUCUCCUUUCACUGUAAAUUCGCACGUUUCUGUAACGGAAAAGAAGGGUCGGAUCUCAUAGCAAUAUUUCUCUAGUCUACGAUGUUACGUUCUGCUGGCGGGAUCCUCUCUCUUAUCUCA